AUGUCCACGGAAUGUUGCCACGUCGCGUUGAUUCCGGGUGGCGCUCGCGUCCCCGUCACGGCGCUCGCGUUCUGGCACGCCGCCAGGUGGCGCUCGCGUUUCCGCCGCCAGCGGUCGCAUGCUGGCACGCCGCCAGGUGGCGCUCGCGUUUCCGUCGCCAGCGGUCGCACGCUGGCACACCGCCAGGUGGCGCUCGCGUUUCCGUCGCACGCUGGCACGCCGCCAGGUGGCGCUCGCGUUUCCGUCGCCAGCGGUCGCACGCUGGCACGUCACCAGUUAACGUUCUUCACCGACGGGCCGACUACGGAAGCCGUCGCUACGACGCUAAAGCCAAGAAAGGAGAAGACUAAGAAGCCGGGAGGUCCCACGAAACAACCAAAGUCCCGGCCAUCCGUCGCUCAGCCCAUGAAGGACUUACAAGCCAUGCAGGGAGAGGUGUUUGUAUUCCGCGUGCCCGCGCGCACGUUCGACGACGGUGCGGGAGGCGGCACGCGCCAGCUCUCCCUCUCGCUGCUCUCGCGGGAUCGCAGCCCUAUCCCGGACGAUUCCUGGCUGACCUUCAACGCGACCUCACAGACGAUGUCCGGCCUGCCGCUCAAGGCCCUCGUUCGCGCGCCCAGCGUUGCAAAGUACCACCUGGUGGCAGAGAACAUCGACGGGCGGACGGCGUCCGUCAAGGUCACGAUCGAGGUCGUCCCACGGCCCUCUGAUGAGGAGUUCGCGAACCACUUCGCCGUCGCCAUCGACGACGACUACGACAAGUUCUCGCGAGAUCCCGCGAAGCAGCGCGCUUUCCUCGGCCGCCUCGCCGCCGCGUUCGGCGACGACGAUGCCUCCCAGGUGGCGCUGACGUCGCUGACGCCCGGCUCGACGAUCGUCGCCUGGAGCAACAGCUCGCAGUCGGCGGACGAGUGCGAUGAGGAGGCUGCGAAGGCGGUUGCCGGGCGGAUGCUCGACGACGACGGCAACAUCCGCGAGGAGUUCCUCGAAGCCAUGAAGCCCUUCGUCGUCGCGGCAGCCAGCUUCGCUCCGGGCGGAGACUGCGUCGGCAAGGUGGAGCCACUGGGCGUCGCCCCCGUGCCGUCCGGCGCCGCGGCGGCCUCCCCUGACGACGACGAUACGGAGGAGGAGGAGGAGGUGAAGGAGGAGGAGGAGGUGGAGAAGGAGGAGGAGGAUGCGGUGUUGCUGUCGACGAUCAUCCCUGUUGUCGUCAUCGCCGUGCUCGUCGUCGUUGCCGUGCUCAUCGCCUGCGUGCUCUGCCGCCGCCGCCGCCGCCAGAAGGGCUACACGAAGGCGGCAACGGACGACCGCGACGCGCUGCGCAAGCACACGCCCGUCAUCCUCAGCGGCGAGACGGACGACGCCGAGAUGGAUCGCACUGCUGCCGCGUCGUCGCCGGGGGCGACCGAGCGGCAGCCGCGGCCGCCGCCGGAGUACCACGCGAUGACGGACGUGCCGCCGCCGCCGCCGCACGGAUACAGGAACGGUCGCGGGCAGCAGCAGCAGCAGCAGGCGUACGACCAGCGCUACGCGUAG